AUGGCGCCAACUGUUGAGAUAGCGAUCCCGAAUACCAGUCUCUCCAGCACUUCCCCGCCUUACACCGUCUACCACAUCACCCUCCGCCUCCCGCUCCGCUCCUUCACAGUCCCCAAACGUUACUCGGACUUCUCAACGUUCCACAGCACACUCAUCUCCCAAACGAAUGCUCCUCCACCAGCUCCUCUGCCUUCAAAAACUUGGUUCUCGAAAACUAUCUCAAAUGAUCGGUUACGCGAAGAGCGCCGCUGCGGCCUAGAGCAGUACCUUUGCGCGAUCAACGAGUCCGAUGAUAGUCGUUGGCGCACCUCGCCCGCGUGGCGAGCAUUCCUCAAUCUCCCCACCGCAGUUGCAUCAACUGGCAACGGAUCAACCAACACCUCCACGCGACUCCAUGCCGCCAUCACAGACCCGGCCUCUACAAACGCACCAAUCACCGACCCAACGUUAUGGCUCGACUAUUACCGCGACAUGAAGAACCAUUUGCAUGAUGCACGGCUACAACUUUCUCGCAGAGAUCAGGAAACAACCCCUCAGAAGCAGCAUGAGAGCUCUGCGCAGGCAAAAGGCAGUCUUGUCCGUGCGGGGACAAUGAUUACCACUCUGGACGAUGGAUUGAAAAACUUGGGACGAGGAGAGAAGGGCUCCGAGUCACAUACAUCUUCAGGUCUUGGUGGAGGCGAGAUCCGCCGACGAAAAGAUUUACUCAUUAACGCGCGCAAGGAAAAAGAUGGUCUGGAGGAUCUUUUGCAUGCUAUGGCUACCAAAAGCCGACUUGAUCAUACUGUCGCAUCUAUCCAGGAUAAAGAAGCUUUGCUGAAUACUGGCAAUGUCACUAGUGAUGGGGGCUGUGGGCGCAGGACGCCGGCGCGGGCGGGCAGGGUACUUGGUAAAGAGACAGAGCGCACACGAGAACUUGACAACGAAGGCGUCCUGCAUUUGCAGAAGCAGAUGAUUGACAGCCAGGAUGCUAAUGUGGAUGAACUGAGGAAGAUCAUUCUUAGGCAAAGGGAGCUCGGUACUCAGAUUAACGAGGAGCUCGAGGUGCAGAAUGAUCUGUUGAGGUUGGCAGAUGAAGAAACCGAUAUGUUCGUUUAUGCCCUUUCAACACUUUUGUGCGCUGCUAACGAGACGUCUAGAUUGAAAUCCAAGAUUGAUAUUGGAAGAAAGAGAAUUGGGAAGAUCUCUUGA